AUGGGGUUGCCUCAGGCUUCCGCAGAGCUCGCAGAUGAGCCGGCCCCGCCGCCGACCGCCUCUUCUCCGACUCCCGCUCGGGCAGGUGGCGUCGGCGGCGCCGACACAGGCUAUAAGGUCUGCGGGUGUUUAUCUCGCGCCUCCGUCGCAGAUUGCUGGAGAAAAACCGUCAAGGAGUUCCCAAGAUCUCCGGGGAGCUUCCCCAAAGGGGAAAGCGGCGCCGCCGGUCCCGUUAGCCUCGACUCAUUGAAGAUCAACUCGACGGAUCAAAAUGGCGGCAGAGUCAAACAAGGUUUUCAUGUUCCGCUCUUGAGGGCGGUGGGAAUCGAGUCAGCGGGGUUGACCCAAUUGGCAAACGCAUUCCAGGGAGAUUCGUCGGCCUCAGCUCACAGUCGGCAGCUGAGGAAGCGGCUGCUGUCCCCAGUAAAGGAGGCGGUCGAUCGGGGUAGCUUCGGCGGCGAGUCGUUGGACCUCUCAGGCGGCCGCAGCGGCGGCGCAGGGCGAGUCGAUCUCAGCGCCUUGGUCGGAGAAGUCAACCUGUUCGCGUCACAGGACUGUAAGAAGGCGAAUUUCGGCGGCGGCGGCUGUCGGUCGCCUCUGAGGCUGGCCUUGUACAGGUGCUCGAAGCUGAGCCUUGGCCUCCACAAUGGUGACGAUUCGAGGCCCUCCUGUGCUCACACAGAUUGGGGAGAUGGUGGAGGAAUUGGGGGCUCCCCGGGAGAACCGAGCUGGUCUCCUCUCUCCUUGUCUCCUCUCGGACCAUCUCGGCCAGAGAGGGUGGAGACAUGUGGGUGCCUCCAUGGGUUCGCUGAAGAUGUGCGAGGAUCAGUCGGCGAUGGCGUCUCCGAGCUCUUAUCUGCACCAGAAGGUGAUGAACUCGGGGUGAGAGGUAGACCCUUGGAAGAGGGCUUUGACCCGUUGGCCUUGCGGGUUCGUUCCCAAAGAACCAGGAGCUGCGGGCUGGAGCCUGUUAGGUUUAUCAGAACUCCCGGUGGGCUCCCCGUUAGAAGGUCUUUGGUUGGUUCCUUCGAAGAGUCCCUGCUAUCUGGUUGUUUCUCCUCCGGCAAUGACAGUCAGGUCUGUCUUCUGCAUCUCCUUCCUUCAAGGAUCAUCCCUCUCUCUCUCUCUCUCUCUCUCUCUCUCUCUCUCUCUCUCUCUAAGAAUAUGUAUAUAUAUCUGAGUUCUAUGGGUUUUUUGCAGAGAUUGGAUGGCUUUCUAGCCAUUCUGAAUGUUACUGGGGGGAGUUUCUCGCCCCCCUCAAGGAAGCUUCCUUUCUCUGUAACCAGUGUCGAUGGAGAUAGCUCAUUGCUCUACUAUGCAUCAAUCGAUCUCGCGGGGAAUCUGCCACAGGGCAGGAGCAAGGCCGGCUCCAAGACAAGGAGGACCUCGGGAAAUGAGGGUUCCCGUGCAUCAGGGAGUCGGCUCCGGAUACCUGUGAAGGGAUGCAUUCAGCUGGUACGAUCUCUCUCUUGCCCUCUUGAGCUGAUCGCCGAUUAAAGUCGCCUCAUAGUCCGGCAGCUUCUCGGGGAGAUAAAGUUUGAAUUGUGGUUGAAAUAUGUGGGCUGAAUCAACUCGUUGCAAACUGGUUUGGUUACGUGUUGAUAGGUACAUAACUGUUCCUCUUACAGGUUAUCAGCAACCCAGAAGGAACUCCUCUUCACACUUUAUUCUGCAACUAUGAUCUUGGUGACAUGCCCGUGGGAACCAAGGUACAUGCUAUUCUUGGCGGUAAUGGUUUCUGCUAUGGGAAUUGACUUUCUGGGCAGAUCCUUAGAUCAGAUGUCAUUCUGUUCAUAAUAUUGCCUUUUCCUCUGUCUUUCGGUUUUGGAGCAGACAUUUAUGAGGCAAAAGAUCACCAUAGAUUCCUCCAGAGCUCCAGCUGACCCGGGGAAGCACGGGAUUAAGAACUGUAAUCUGGAGAAUGAUCACUUUAGAUCUACUGAUCUAAAGUCGAGCACCGGAGAGCAAGAAGAAAGCCCUCUAAAAGGUGGUUGUGAUUGUACUGAUGAUUCCCGAGAAUGCCAUCUGGUCAGUCCACUGGACGGGUUCCUUGCAAUUGCCAAUGAUUCUGUGGGGAGUUCUUUGAAGGUCGAUAAGGGCAUUGCUUGUUCUAGUGCGAUCCGUUAUGCGCUUCACCUGCGCUUCCUCUGCCCUUUUUCUAGGAAGUGUUCUAAGUCGAGCCAGAGGUGCAAAUCUAAUCCCCUUUCAGCGCCUCGUGGAAAUCUUACGGGCACUCAGGAGGAAAGACGAUUCUACCUCUACAAUGAUCUCAGGGUCGUGUUUCCCCAGCGCCAUUCAGAUUCAGACGAGGGCAAGGUAUGGAAUCAGUUCUUCCUGCGUACGACCGCAUUAUAUUCUUCCUCCAAGAAUCAAUGAAGUCCAACCAAUGAAUUCAUGAGAUAUUAUACUGAGAAACGGCCUGGGAGGACGAACCGGCUCGAUUUUCCCCCAUUUUUCUCUCCUGCGAUCUUCGAUUUCUCCCUCAUCUUUAUUAUCCUCGUUUUCUCUGCAUGAGUUGGGAGGAAGUACAGCUCAGGAUCGUUCCUGCGAUCCUCUACAGUAGAUUCGAUAGUCAUUUCCGCUUGGAAUCAUCCCGCCCGUGCAGAUACGGUGUUGGAAUCCUUCCAGAUGCCUCUCUAAACGAAUGCCUCCUGGUUUUGAACUGCAGCUGCGAGUGGAGCACCACUUCCCUUCGGAUCCCAGGUACUUCGACAUCAGCAACUGA